AUGGCCGCCACCCCACAACCCCCCACCUGGCUCCCCGCGCCUCCCAACCCACUUACAGGAGCCAGGGAGCCAGCAGGGAGGCCGGGGGAGAGCAAAGAUCAGGAGAAGUGCUUGGGGGGCGUGGCUCAGACUGGCGCCAUGGUGGCAGGCUGGCUCCUGGGCCACAUGCUGCCGAGACCCGCCCUCGACCUCCCUGCAGAUACGGAUUCUGAUGACCUGGAGCCGGAUUUCCCAGAAAUAAACACAGGAACAAGUCUUGUAGGAUUUCUCACAAAAAGUUCUAUUGGAUUCACCGUGGUGGCCACCAAGUCAAGGCUGACAGACUUGCUUCCGGAGGAUGCAGAGCUUAACUGGGGCAAGCCCGGGUGCUGGUCAACAUUGGGAGAUGCACAGAAAGGCCAGAAUCUCUCUGUUGGUCAUGCAUGUGAUGAAAAAGGCAUUGUGGCACAUGAAAUCUUACAUGCUCUAGGGCUGUAUCACGAACAGGCAAGGACAGACCGAGAUGAUUAUAUCAAAAUCUGGUGGGAUCACAUUCUUCCAGAUCAAGCAUUAAACUUCCAGAAAUACAAAAGCAGCGAUACCACUGACUUGAAUACUCCGUAUGAUUAUGAGUCGAUUAUGCAUUACAGUCCAUUCUCAUUUUCUAAAAAUAAGAGUUUACCAACCAUCACGACCAACAUACUCAAAUUUGAUGGCAUUAUCGGUCAACGUCAGGAUUUCAGCAGCUCUGACAUCAAGCGGCUCAAUCAGAUGUAUAAUUGCACAAGAUCGCUUACGCUUCUGGACCAAUGCAAUUUUGAGUCUGCUGAUAUUUGUGGCCUGGUGCAGGAAAGGAGAGAUGAUGCCGACUGGGUUCACAAGAAGAGCAACUCUGAGGAUCAUGACCAUUCCCUCAGGGGAAAGUGUGAAGGUGGUGGCUACUUCAUGUUCUUCAACACGAGCGUUGGGAAGGCCGGAAAAACUGCCAUCUUGAAAUCUCGUAUUCUGCACCCCAGGCGAAUGCAGCAGUGUCUCCAGUUCUUCUUUAAAAUGACAGGAAGCCCCAAGGAUAAGCUGGUCAUCUGGGCACAGAAGGAUGAUGGUUCUGGAACUGUUCGCACUCUGGUUAAACUUCAGACUCUUCGAGGAGGAAGGAAGAAGAACUGGAAAAUUGCUCAUGUGCCACUAAAAGGUCAAAAAAAGUUCAGGUAUCUCUUCCAAGGUAAAAGUGGUGGCUCCAAAACCUCAUCUGGAGGAAUUCUCAUCGAUGACAUCACCCUCACUGAAACUCUGUGCCCAAAUGCUGUGUGGCAUGUAGAUAACAUCUCUCAACUUCUUGACACCGCUGCUCUGAACUACACCCUGAAGAGCCCCCGUUUUUAUAGCCCUGAAGGUUAUGCUUACCAUCUGAUUUUGAGUCCCAGAGUCUUGGUUGAUGAAGAGUCUGAAAAGUACAUGGGCAUUUUUUUUCACUUGACCAGUGGAGAGCAUGACGGCGCCCUUGAAUGGCCAGCAAUAAACAGACAGGCUACCAUCACUGUGCUGGACCAAGACGCUGAUGUCAUGAAGCGGAUGUCCAUAGAAAAGAGUUUCACAACACUCGAGACUCACGUUGUGAAAGGAAAAAAUAUUUCCACGUGGGAAAACCCCUCGAUUAUUGGAAAAUUUGGUCGUAAAUGUAAAUGUAAGAUGAAUAGAAAUUGGGGAUGGAGAAAAUUUGCUACACAUGCAGAGCUGAGACGAAGGAAUUAUUUAAAAAAUGACAUCCUUAUUAUCCUCGUAGACUUUGAAGAUAUAACCUAUCUCAAGGACAGUGAAGCUCACAUUCUGGAAACCUGGAACAUGAAUCAUGACCUUCCCCUGGCCCAGAGGACAAGACUGGCGCACCGUGUGACCCAAACCAUACCAAAGUGAUGG